AUGGGUUUCGGUGCAAUUAGAUCGAUUCUUCGACCAUUGUCGAGAACCCUUGUUUCGCGCGCCGCCGCUAACUUCUCGCCUGCGCCGUUCCCUGCGACGAUUCCGGCCGCGAAACCCGAGUUAUGCUCAUUCUUGGGUGGAUCGACUCAUUUGAGGUUACCAUGGAUGCCAGUGGCUAACCAUUUCCAUAGCUUAAGCUUGACUGAUACUCGGCUCCCGAAGAGACGUCCCAUGACUCAUCCCAAGAAGAAACGAUACAAACUGAAACCUCCAGGGCCAUAUGCAUAUGUUCAAUAUACACCUGGCAAGCCAAUUUCUUCAAACAAUCCCAACAAGGGCAGUGUUACAAGAAGGAAUGCCAAGAAGCGCAUUGGGCAGCGACGUGCCUUUAUUCUGUCUGAGAAGAAGAAGAGGCAGGCGCUGGUGCAAGAGGCGAAGAGGAAGAAGAGAAUCAAGCAAGUGGAACGUAAGAUGGCUGCUGUCGCAAGGGACCGAGCUUGGACUGAAAGACUCGCUGAGCUUAAGCAACUCGAAGAAGAGAAGAAGACAUCAGUAUCUACUUAA